AACGAAGCUGAUUUUCCAAAGAUCCUCUGGAAACCCGGUCUCUGGAACUUUUUCAAAAGUUGCUUCCGCUUGUGAAAAGUUCUGCUCAAGUCUUGGCUAUUGAACAGCGAAAAUCGCAGGUCUCUAUCUCAUUCCUAUCAAAAGUUAUUCAAAAAAUGCUCACGGGUCUUGUAUUUUGGGAUGGAUAGUAGUAAAUAAAUUUUUAAUUUGGCCAUGUUAUAUGUGAUAAAGCUAUACAUAAUGGAUCUAGGCUCAGUUCUAUGCGCUGAAUCAGAAAAAAGAAACAGUAGAGUUCUCAAAGGAAUAUAGAAGAAAUUAUUCGAAUUUUACGUGCUGGAAAGGCUUUUUGAAAUUUAGAACCCUUCCCGUAUUUGUAAAUUUCCUCAUUGAAAAUAUUAGUUCAUAAGAUUAAAACCGACAUAUUCUUGAUCAGCUCGAAAAGUUCUAUCCAACCAUAAAAAUAUCUAGUACUGUAACUUCGAAUUAGGCACGCCUUACUUUUAACGAAAAAUUAUUGCCUGAGAUCUAUCAAAAUUGUACUUUUAAGAGAGAAAAUCUUGGGCUUUCAUAUUGUAUAUAUAAUCAAUUAUGUUGUGUUCUUUUACAUACAGAUGUAGCUAAUCUUCGGUGGAAUACAACAGGAAUAACAGUAGCUGGAGAUACUAAUGGUAUUCAUGGUACAGCACCAAAUCAAUUGUAUUGGCCAUAUGACAUAUUUAUUGAUAGCAAUGAUACUUUAUAUAUUGCUGAUGCUAGUAAUAAUCGAAUACAAAAAUGGUUACCAAAUUCAUCUAAUGGCAGUACAAUUGCCGGCUAUUCGAACGGAUCAGCUGGAUUAGCCUCAGGGGCACUUAAAAAACCGACAGGUGUAUAUGUAGAUCAAAAUAAAAAUUUAUAUAUUGCUGAUAAUCAAAAUUAUCGUAUACAAUAUUGGCCUUAUAAUUCGACUAGUGGUAUCACAAUAGCCGGAAAUGGUACUAAUGGUUCAAGUAAUACUCUUUUAUCGACACCUUAUAAUCUCCGGCUUGAUUUAAAUGGCAAUGUUUAUUUAACAGAUUAUUUUAACCAACGUGUGAUGAAAUUUACUCCAAAUUCAACUACUGGUUCAGUUGUUGCUGGUGAAAAUGGUGCAGGAAAUUUGGGUUCACAAUUAAAUAAUCCAUCUGGUUUCUGUUUAGAUGUUAAUAAUAAUAUUAUGUACAUAUCAAAUCCCGGUCGUAAUUCAAUAUCAAAAUGGAUAUUAAACAGUUCCAAUGGGACAACAAUUGCUGGUAUUAGUGGCACACCAGGAUCAAAUUCGACAUUAUUGAAUAAUCCAAGAGGUAUAAUAUUUGAUCAUUACGGUAAUUUAUACGUUGCAGAUACAGGAAAUAAUCGUAUUCAAAUGUUUUAUCCAAAUUCAACACAUGGAAUUACAAUUGUAGGUAAUACUACUGCUGGUAAUAGUAGUAGUCUGUUGAACAAUCCAAGGAGUAUCGCAUUCGACACAAAUCUUAAUUUAUAUGUUGCAGACACAUAUAAUAAUCGUAUACAAAAAUUCUCAAAAUUAUAA